AUGGUGAGGGAGGGCCGGGCCCUGGCGGUCCUGGGAUGGUGGGAGCUGCUCCGGGGCCUGCUGGUGUUCGCCCUCUGCUCCCACCCCCGGCUGCAGCAGGACCCUGAGGCGUUCCUGCGGGCGUCCCGCCGGGUUCUGGGUGCCCGCCUAUGGCGGGCCCUUCUCUCCGUGUCCCUUUGGGGACAGUUUGCGGUCGGCCGGAGCCCGGCGGCCGUGCAGGAGCUGGGCCAGCGGCUCCGGGCCCGUGGCCUGCGGCCAUUGCUGGCCCUGCCCAUCGAGGGUGAGGGACCCGAUGGAGAGGGCGAGGACUGGUUUGAGCAGAACUGUGGGGCAGCCCUGGAGUGUGUGGGGCUGGCGGCUGCCUCAGGCCCCGAGCCCGCCAUGCAGCUCAAGGUGACGGCGCUGCUGAGCCAGCGGCUCUGCGAGAAAAUCUCUCUCCGAUUGGCCGAGCCAGAAGGGGCGGGGCUUAACCCAGAAGAGGUGGCGGCCAUGUUGGGCGGCCAGGUGCCGGAGCUCACCUGGCUCAGCCCGGCCGAGAACGAACACCUGGGGAGGGGCCUGAGGAGACUGGAGAGGGUGGCACAGGCCGCGGUGGCCCGUGACGUUCAGGUGCUGGUGGAUGCCGAGAUGUCUCACCUGAACCCCGCCCUCACCUGCCUCACCUGGGGGCUGAUGUGGAGGCACAACCGGGCGGGGCCCCGAGCCCGAGUCUGGCACACCUGGCAGGCCUACCUGAGGGACACCGAGGCCGCCCUGCGCGCUCACCUGGCCCAGGUGGGCGGGGCCGGCCUCAGCUGCGGGGUGAAGUUGGUGCGCGGGGCUUACCUGGCCCAGGAGCAGGGCUACGAGCGCUGCCUGCGCCUGCUGCUCUGCGCCCUGGCCCGGCCGCUCUCGCGCCUCUCGCUCAUGGUGGCCACGCACAACGAGGGCUCGGCCCUGGCUGCGCUCACGGGGUGA